AUGCCGUGGAAGUUACUGUUUCGGUAUCCUCGAUGCCAACAGAGGAGUCAACAGAGGAGUUCUUCGCGCGAUCCCGCGGCAAAGGCUCUGGUAUCAAAUCAGAAAUUGUCAACGGAACAAAAAAGCCUGGAGGAGGGAACAAAGAACAACUAUAAUCGUGCCCUAGCACGACGGAACCAAUUUGAACUCGAGCACCUGGAAGCUACUCCAAAUGAUAUAGAGACGUCGAAAGAUUGGGCCGGAUGUAUUGCGCACGGUAUCGUGGGUGCUUAUAGCGACGAUAUUGCAGCGUUAGGCUCUGUUGUCCGCUCGUGA